AUACGCGCCACCGAACAACCGCGUAAACGCACACGCGCGCACGUACACACGCACACACGCACACACACACACACGCGCCCGCGAUAUCGCUCGCUCGCUCCGCACAUCGCUACGGGCCACGUUUCCGGGCCGACCGAACCAGUACCGAUAAUAUAUCCUACGAUAUCACAACAACAACAACGACGACGACAACAGUAAUAAUAAUAAUAAUAAUAACAACACUUGGCAUUAUAUCGCGCGAGCCGCGGCGUCUUUCGUCGUCUCGCUGCUGCCCCUCGUCGCACGCGGCUACGCUUGCUCGUCCGCCGAAAAAGCCACCCUCGGGCGCUACCCUCGGGGACAGUAUUUCCGAAAAAUGACGUCGUUCCGAUCGCUGCGGUCAUCGCGAGUUUAACGCGACGAAAUUUUUUUCGCCCUCAUACGCGCGCGCCCGCGUGUCUGUGCGCAUAUACGCGAUCGUGUGGCCUGCGAGGUAUACACUGCCUACUUGGGUACCUGCAGUACAGUGCGAAGUCCCGUCGAAUCGUCGUCGUUGAAUUCCUGCUACGUCGCGAGCACCUAUAUAUAUAUAUAUAUACAAUAAAUACGCCUAUCAAGUUUUCAAGUUAUAAUACAUAUAGGUACAUAUUAGGUAUACGUAUGAUAUAAAUAUAUCGGUUUGUGUGUACAGUGCGACCCGCGUAUACUUAUACAUACCUGCAGCAGUACACGUGAUUUUCUGCGUUCCGAGUGCCUGAUCGCCCGUGCAAGUGGAUACGUGAAUAAAUGGUAACUUGUGACCGAAAGUCGAACACAAAACAGCCCCACCACCACCACCACCACAACCACCUGCAGCUGUUGCCGUGCCGUCGACGAGAUUGACAUGACUUUCAGAUGCGUACCGGCUUUUCAGCCGCUGUCGUCGGGCGCCGAUUGCGCCGCUCCGUGGGAUCGGCUAGCCGGACAUGGUACAGUCGCAUCGAUCGGCAGUGGCGGGGGAGGUGGUAGCGGCGGUGGAGGUGGUGGCGGGGGUGGCGGAGGAGGUGGCGGAGGCUCGUCACCAUUUAGUCCGCAUCACCAUCACCACCAUCACCACCACCGGAACACGACGCCCACCAAUGCCGGUUCCAACAUGGGACACCACCAGGACUUUCAGCCGCCGUACUUCCCGCCGCCGUUCCCGCCGGCCCACCAUCACCAUCAGCCUUCCACUGGCAACGCGUCUUCGCCGUCCGCCAUGGACUACAUCAACGAUCCAUACUCGCAGACGCUCAACAGUCUGCACCAGAGCGCUCAGGCCGCAGCGGCCGCGCACCACUACAAUCAGUUGACCGUGGCCGCGGUGUCCGUCGGCCAGCGGCACGACGUCCUCCGUCGGUCGGACUCGGAUUCCAUACAUGUGGGCAACAUGCACCCGUCUUUCCCGUAUGAAAGCGGUCGUUCCCGGGGAGGCGAGUACGGUUCUGGCGUCGGCGGAGUUCGAGGCCGCGGUGACGUACUCGUUCAAUCGCACCCAGGACUGGAAGACUCGCUGGUUCUACAUAAUGCCCUGUCUAGCGUGGUGGAAGAAGCUCAGGAGCACAAUGUGGACGACAGUAGUUCGUUUAUGAACGACUUGCCACUACUAAAACGUAUGUCCACUACCCCAUCAGACGUGUUUUGCAGCGUACCUGGACGUCUGUCAUUGCUCAGCUCUACGUCAAAGUACAAAGUAACUGUUGGUGAAGUUCAACGCAGAUUAUCACCUCCAGAAUGUCUGAAUGCCUCUUUAUUGGGUGGUGUGCUUAGAAGAGCAAAAUCCAAAAAUGGUGGACGGCUAUUGCGUGAAAAGCUCGAAAAAAUCGGUCUAAACCUGCCGGCCGGUCGAAGAAAGGCCGCAAACGUAACCCUGCUCACGUCACUCGUAGAAGGUGAAGCGAUACAUUUGGCUCGAGACUUUGGGUACGUAUGUGAAACAGAAUUCCCGGCCCGGCAAGUAGCGGAAUACUUAAGUAGACCGCACACGAGUGAUCCUACUGAGUCGUAUCGAAGAAAAGAACUUAUACACGCCACAAAACAAGUGACCAAAGAGCUGAUGGACCUGCUGAACCAAGACCGUUCGCCGCUGUGCAACACCAGGCCGCAGCACAUUCUUGACCCAAUCAUACAGCGUCCACUCACACACUUUUCGCUCAUAUCGCACGGAUUCGGAAGUCCUGCGAUAGUCGCUGCCCUCACGGCCAUACAGAACUUUCUCUCGGAAUCGUUGAAGCACUUGGACAAAGUAUAUCCAUCCGGCAACAACCUUUCAUCGCAGCAACAGCAACAACAGCAAAACAACCAGCUGCAGCAACAGGAUCAGAAACCCAAAGACUUGGUAGGACUGGAGCUGAAGAAAUGAGCCUGGUCGAGGCGGGCGCAUCGCGAACCUGCCGGCGGCCCGCAGCAGCAUCAGCCGCCACCACCGAUUCACACGAGGCUACAGCUGCAACAGUCGUACGGCUGCAACCGCGACGGUCGCUAUCAGUGAUUUAAAGCGAUCGCGCGCACAAUAUAUUAAUUACAAUAUUGUUGUAUGCAAUAUACAACUAUCGAUCUUUUGCCGCCACCGCGAUUUUUAAUUUUCCGUAUUUUUCUCAUUCCGUUCACUAUACAAAAGAUCCAAAACUGCAUUUUGGGAUAUUUUAAAUAACAUUAAAAAAAAAAAACUUUUAACUGUUGUAUAAUAUCAUUAUUAUUAUUAUAUAGUUAUAUAACAAUGUGCAGUAUAAGUUUUAUUAGAUUAUUAUACGCGAUAUGUACCUGAUGGUACUUGUAAAUAAUACGAUAAUAUAUAUGAUAUGAUAUAUAUUAUAUUUUUGUCGGACAAUCGGAUUUUUUUAUUAUUAUUUUUAUUUACAUAUAUAGUUUACGAAUUAGGAUUUAUGCACGCGUACUUGCCGCGUGUUUUUAUUUAUUUAUUUAUUCUUGUUUUUAGAUUAUAUUUUUACGUUUUCGAAAGUUGUACAAAUCUAGAAUGAUUUCCCGCCCUUUCAUGUGCCAUCCGUAUUAUUACCACGGAACCCUCUCGAUUCGUCGAUAAGAAAAUAAUAUAAAUAUCAAAACAUAUAUAAUUUAUAACUAUUGUAUAUUGUAAUUUGUGUCGUUGUCG